ACCGCAUUACCUCAGAUCUACUGAUCUACCGGUGAAUCUCAUCUGAUUUCUUUUAUUCUGAUUGACGGAUUAGAAAACGAGAUCGAAGGUGGAGACUCUCCAAGACUCUGCUCAUGGGUGAGGAUGAGGAUGAUGUGUUCGAGACGGUCACACAUAACUGGCCUUCCUCCAUCAGCCAGAUAAAGCAGGAUCGGGGCACGCAGACCCCAGUGCAACCUGCGGCACAGCUAAAUGGCAUGCUGCCCUGUGGUGUGGCUCGGGAGCCCACGCACCUCUUCUAUGGUAGUGCAGGAUUGCUAUUGCUGACGUCACCUGCCCGUCCUGAUCUCGGCGAGGACGUCAUGUUUCAGGAAAAUCCACCUCAUCGACUGCCCGCCCACAGCGUGGAGGCUCGGAUCGGCCGCAAACUCCAGAUGAUCGGAGACCAGUUCUAUCAGGAGCACAUGCUGCAACAAAGAAACCAAAGGAACCAGCGGCCGUUUUGGUUGCGCUUAGCCGCAGCGGUGUACGCGCUCCUGUUUGAAGGCCAGCCUCCUGGAAGACGAGUGGAUCAGAGGUGA